AUGUUCGAAAUAGAAGAUGAGAUUGCUGGAUUUUACGGCUUUGCAGGAUUUCCCCAGGUCGUUGGGGUAGUCGAUGGCUGUCAUGUGCCCAUAAUGGCUCCCCACGAGAAUAAAGAGGACUAUAUAAACAGAAAAAAGUUUUACUCGAUUAUUGUACAGGGCCUGGUCGACAGUGGUUACUUUUUCAGGGAUGUCUGCAUUGGUUGGCCGGGAAAGGUCCAUGAUGCAAGAGUUUUUAAGAACUCUUUUUUGUAUGAUGCAUGUUCUGCCAGAUCUUUCCUCCCAGUUGCCCUAAGCAAAAGAAUUAAUGGAGGUCCAUUUAUCAUUGGUGAUUCUGUAUAUGGUCUCACGAAUUGGCUGAUGCGGCCAUAUUAUGAUCGAGGCAACAUAACACCAUCUGAAGUUAAGUUCAACAAUGCCCUGAGCAAGACAAGGGUGGUGGUAGAGAAUUCUUUUGGUCGACUGAAGGGUCGCUUUAGGUGCCUAGCCAAACGUCUCGACUUGUCUGUAACCAAUUCUUGUAUCGCGAUUAGUGCAUGCUGUGUGGUCCACAAUUUUUGUGAAACAAUGAAAGAGGAGUUGAAUGACGACUGGUUGACAGGAGUACAGAUCUAUGCUGACAUCCCACAAUGUGAUAGAAAUGCAAGACAAGUUCGGCAAGCUGAAAUUAUCAGAAAUGCGAUACAAGACUUCAUUGCCUAG